AAAAAAACCCUAGAAACUUUUACAGUAACUAAAGCAAGGGACAAAGUCCACUCUAAGAGAAGAAAAAGGAAAAUCAAAUCAAAACCCUUUUCUUUUAACUUUUGAUCGCGUCCGUUAACUCGCUUCAUCGGACGGCCUCCAUUCAUCAUCGUUCAUGCUUAUCACUCCCGUCCCCCAUUUCUUUCACACUCUUCUCGCUCCUCACUUCUCUCUCUAAAACCCUCCGUCUCAGUCUCUCCCUUCCCCCUAUAAGAAUGACUUCACUCCUCCUCGUACUUUCACUCACUCUCACUCCGAUCCUUUUCUCUCACCAAACCCCAACAUCAAUCUCAAUGAAUUGAAUACAGGAAACACAACACACUCCGUAUCCGUAUGGCAAAAGGAAAACAACAAGAUUUCUUCUAGAUAUUUUUUAUUUUUAAUUUGGCAAUUAAAAAAUAUUCUGGGCUCGUUCAUAAAGAUUGGGUUUUUAUUUUGUUUCUGUUUUUAUGAAACCUUUAUUCCUUUAAAAGCUCUGUCUAGCUUAAUUCGAGAUAAAAGGGUCUAAUUUUUCUUGUGAUAUACGGUUCUGGGUUUUCGUUUUUUUUUUCUUCCCAAUUGUUUCGAAGAAUCUUGUGUACUUGUUGAUUUUUUUUCUGUAUAUGAUAUGAUUACCGAGAGCUACUCGGAGAUGAUAUCGGAGAUGGGUGUGCGAUCGGUUCUCGGCCGGGAGAGCAGCAACAAUUACAACGAAGAACUGGGGAGGCUGCUUAGGGAGAGAGCAACCGAGCAAGAGGCGAGUGAUCGUGAUAGGGAGCUCAGCCUCCUCCGCAGCGGCUCCGCCCCUCCUAUUGUCCAGAGAUCUUUGAGCUCCGGUUUUCUCGGUGGCAAUGUUUCUGAGGAGGAGCUUAGGUCUGAUCCGGCGUACAGCUCUUACUACUACCAAAAUGUCAACAUGAACCCCCGCCUCCCUCCGCCGCUGCUCUUGAAGGAGGACUGGCGCUCCGGAUGGCAUCUGCAGGGCCCGAGCGCGGCCCGUGGCGGGUCCGCGAUUGGGGAUAGGAGGAAAAUUAGUCGCGGCGGUGAUGGCGCGAGCGGAGGUGGUGGUGGGGAGUCUCUGUUCUCAAUGCAGCCGGAUUUGGGUGGUUCGAAAGAAGAGCAUGUAAUGCAGGCGAAGGAAUGGAGUGGAGAUGGAUUGAUCGGAUUGCCCGGGUUGGGAUUGGGGACUCACCGUAAAAGCAUUGCCGAUAUGGUUCAGGAUGACAUAGGCAAUGCAACGUCUAUUUCUAGACACUCGGUGCCUCAAAAUUACGCUUCUGCCAUGGGCGCUUCUCUAUCAAGAAACAACACACCCGACCCUCAUGCUGUAGGAAGAUCUCCAAGCCCUCGUAUUCCUUCUGCAAGUGUUGCUUCGGACCUCGUCGCCUCUCUGUCCGGCUUGAGCCUUUCGAUUGACAGCCUGGCAGAUGAAAGGAAACACCCGAAAAAUGAAAUCGAUGCUGCUCAACAUAACCUAUCUCACUUUCCAAGAAAUAAAAACCCCGUAAAGCAGCAUCCUUAUCUGAACGAGAAUUCGAAUGGUCCAUCCACACCGCCAGCUCAGUACCUCAAUUUCUCGAGCCCAACUUCUUCACUGUCCAACUAUGGCUUGGGCGGAUAUCCAGCGUCACCAUUAAUGCUCGGAAAUCAGGUCCAGCCUUUGGUGGAGAGUAUGAACUCUCACGGAUCGAGAGCGUUGAGUGGCGGUGGAGGACUGACACAUGGCGUGAAUCUAUUGGCUGCUGCUCAAGAGGAUGCUGCUUUUCCAAUGGGGCUUAUGGAUCCGUCUUAUCUCCAAUAUUUGAGGUCGAACGAAUACUCGUUGAACCGAGAAUCUCUUGUGGCGAAUUCACAAGGAGAGUUUCUUGCACUUCAGAAAGCUUACGUCGAAGCUUUGCUUCAGAAAUCGCAAUACGGGCUGGCUUAUGGGAAAUCGAGUAACUUGAGCAAUGGCUUCCAUGGAAACUCUGGCUACGGGGUCGGGUUUUCUUACUCAGGAAACCCAAUGGGUCGCCCCGUUUACCCGAACUCACCUGUUGGAUCGGGUGGGCCUGCUAGGCACAUGGAACAGAUGAUGCAUUUUCCUUCAAGUUUGAGAACUGUGCCUGGUAAUUUCGUGGGCCAGUGGCCUUCGGAAAUUGGAUUGGACGAAAAUUUUGCAGCUUCUUUGUUGGAUGAGUUUAAGGGGAAUAAAACGAGAUGCUUUGAGCUGGCGGAGAUUGCUGGCCAUGUUGUUGAAUUCAGUGCGGAUCAGUACGGAAGUCGUUUUAUACAACAGAAGCUUGAAACUGCCAGUACGCAAGAGAAGAACAUGGUUUUCCAUGAAAUCAUGCCGCAGGCUCUCUCCCUUAUGACAGAUGUGUUCGGUAACUAUGUGAUCCAGAAGUUUUUCGAACACGGAAGUGCUUCGCAAAUUAGACAGCUGGCUGAGCAGCUAAUUGGACAUGUCCUUACCCUUAGCCUUCAAAUGUAUGGGUGCCGAGUUAUCCAGAAGGCAAUUGAAGUUAUCGAACUGGAUCAGCAGACUAAAAUGGUGGCAGAGCUCGAUGGCCAUGUCAUGCGAUGUGUGCGUGAUCAAAACGGAAAUCAUGUUAUACAGAAGUGUAUUGAGCGUGUUCCCGAGGCAGCCAUUCAAUUUAUUGUCACUAUAUUUUACGACCAAGUCGUGACCUUGUCUACUCAUCCUUAUGGUUGUCGUGUGAUACAGAGAGUUCUGGAGCAUUGCCAUAGUCCGAAAACUCAGAGUAUUGUGAUGAACGAGAUUAUGAAAUCUGUUAUCUUGUUGGCUCAAGAUCAGUACGGAAACUAUGUUAUUCAGCAUGUGCUGGAACAUGGUAAUCCUCAUGAACGUUCUGCGAUAAUUAGCCAAUUAACCGGUAAAAUAGUGGAGAUGAGUCAGCAGAAAUUUGCUUCAAAUGUUAUCGAGAAAUGCUUAUCUUUCGGAACUGCUGAAGAACGCCAAACCCUAGUAUUUGAGAUGCUUGGUACUACUGACGAAAACGAGCCUCUUCAGGUAAUGAUGAAGGACCAGUUUGCAAACUACGUUGUACAGAAGGUUCUAGAAACUUGUGACGACCAGCAGCUUGAACUCCUACUUAACCGAAUAAAGGUUCAUUUAAAUGCUCUCAAGAAAUAUACCUACGGGAAGCAUAUAGUCGCCCGCGUAGAGAAACUCGUCGCUGCUGGAGAGAAGAGGAUUAGCAUCCUUUCGUCGUAUUCUGCCUAAUAAACGGGCAAUAGAUGGCAGAAAAAUUGUACAGCUAACUGAGAAUAGUACAAGCACAGGCUUUUCUUUAUAAAGAAAGUCUGGAUGUGCGGCAUCUGGUUCUUUUUCGAACGGAGGUCGGAACGGUUAGAAUAAAAUCAUGUUGGUUGUACUUUUUUCUUUUUUUCUUUAUUUAAUUUAAUUUAAAACUGUACAUUUUUAGUAUGUAAGGAUAAGGAUAAUAUACCUUUAGAGCGAGGUUUAACGGAGGCUAAGAUGGUAAAUGUACCUGAUAGCCGAGAGCCCUUGAGAGGAGAUAGGUUUUGACUGUAAAAGUUUGAGGGUGUAAAAACAGAAGGAGAGAAAGUGUGACUGUACAAAAAGUUGCCAUGUGAGGAGCCUUUGUGUGUGUGGUGGUGUGUCUUUUAGGGUAAUUUCCUAUAAUGUAAUGAUACAUAAAUGUUUUUUUCUUUAUUCAGUUAGAACCUUCGUAAAUUAUAUGAUGUUUUCGUAUUG